CUUGCUUGCUAUAAAAUGCCAUCGUAUCUUAGUGAAAAGUUAGUUUUGUUUCGUAGUUCGUUACAUCUACUUCCAUUCCGCAACCAAAUCAAUCCGAUCAUGAAAGUGUUCGUUGUUCUUUUCGCUGUAGUGGCUGUCGCCUGUGCUAUGCCUCACAGACCAGAAGGUGGAGCUGGAGCUAGUGCGGCCGCUAAUGCCAAUGCCAAUGCUGGUGCUUACGGUGGUGGUGGAUUUGGUGGUCAACCUGGAGGUCAUCAUGGUGGUGGCGGUUUCGGCGGUGGUCAUAAUGGCGGUCAUCACGGUGGUGGCGCUUUCGGUGGUGGUCAUCAUGGUCCUGGUGGCAAUUAUGGUGGUGGUCAGCGGGGUCCCGGUGGAGAUUAUGGUGGCCAUGGAGGCAGUUAUGGCGGUUCAAGUUCCAGUUCUUCUUCCUCCUCGUCUUCAAGCUCGUCCAAUUAUGGAGGUAAAUCUGAAACUUUUACGGACACCAAAUCAAGCACCUUCGGCAACGGUGUAGCAAACGCUGGCGCUAGUGCAUCUGCCGGUAGUAAAUAAAUUGAUAAUUGCUCUAACAUUCACCUCAAACUGCCCGACUUUUUACCUUUAAGCUUAUGUGAUUUAUGAAAAACUAAGUAAACAAAUAAAUAAUAAAAAAAUCAAAA